UUGAUCAACAACGCUCAACGCGGCCACAAAGUUCUCCACCCUCCAUUACCUCUUCGAGCACCCCGACAACGGCACAAUGAGUGCCAUACGAUCAAAUUCUGCUCGACGCAACCACAGGUCAUACUUAUCCUCGCCGUAUGCUCGUCCAGGUCAAAAGAAAUCAGUACGUUUUGCUCUGGGGAAUUUCCAACGUUCUCAGCGCGUUGAACCCUCUCAAACUGUUUGGCCUGUCUGAAGAGCGGCCCGAAUCACCUCCCGAAUCAGAACAGGAUGUUAAUGAUGCAGAGAGUGGCGCAACGGACUACCAGAAUCCAGCUGCCGAGACCCUGCGAAGAAGGGGCGAGGAGAUAGCGAGUCGUGCGGCGGACGAUUCCGGGAGCUCAAAUAACUCUCAGAUGGAUGAUUCCCCCGACCAUGCAGCAGAACGACCGCCGUCAAGUUCUGCACCUCUCUCGUCCCCUUCUAUAGAGGAAAUCAACGAUGUUGGUUCCGCUCUUGAUGCUAUUCGCGCCUUCUUGGCCACCAAAGGGACAGAUCCCCUCAAUAGAGUGGAAUAUGCGGGUUGCAUGUCCCUACUUGGAAAAUCUACUAUACCAACAGUCGAUGUCCCUCGUGAACCAUUCCGUUUCUCGACAAGCCCUUUUCCUACGCCACCGCGCGAACCCGUCCCCAUUGUCACUCCCAGUGCUUCCUUUGCAAUACCAACUGCAUCCGCUUCUUCCAGCACUGUGAAUAGUUCCACAGGCCCGACGCCUUCCAAGAUGUUGUCUCAUAAUCCUAACGGAAACCUCCGAUGGAAUGGUGCGGGAUCCGCUCGGAAAGGCAGGAAUCGUUACUCAUCUCCCGGCUUUGGCACUACGCGACCUCCACGCAUGAAGAUAAACAUCCCACCAGCUAAGCCGGAAGCAAAGAAGAGGCGCGUCGGUGAGAGUGCUCAGGCCUCUUUCGCUCAACCUGCUGGUGCCACCACCUCGUAUACACCUACUCCUGCUGCAGAGACCUUACCGAAGGCAUCUCAUGAACCGACUGCGAGCACAUCCACGGCUCCUACCGCGAGCGCCUCGACGUCUCGUUUAAACGGUGCGGCAGCACCAGCGCCACCCAGUACGCCUCCCCGCGUAAAGCCUACUGGUAUACCCCCGAAAACAACUGCGCCGUCCGUCCCGUCUCCUCUUCGCCAUGCCUGGAAACAAAAGGAGUCUCCUUCCCCGCCACAACCGGCUACUUCCUCAAAGGCGACCCACGCUGCGGUCUACAUGACAGACUUAAUCAAGGGCGUCUCUCAACCAAUCAGAGCUGAAGUCCUGAACCCAUAUCAGUCAUCCAGCCCGGUUCCUUUGAAACCUACCACGAAGAAACCUGUGGCUAAGAGGCCAAGGCCGGUGAGAGCAGCCGCACCCGAGACCAGGGUUGCAACGGCUGAGGCUAAGAAGGACUUUGAGCCAUUAAGCCCGCAGAAAAUCAUUGAAGCUACCGUCCCUAAGGGUAGCAAGCGCUCACGACCACCUCCAGAGUUGCAAAAAGCCAGACCCGCUGCCGCCGCAGAGGCACCUCAGGUUCCUCGUCGCAGCUCUCGUUUGAACUCGCACUCACCAGAGCCCGUUCCACCAACUAUGAACGGGAUAAAUGGACGGAGAAAGAUGCCCCCCGUAAUCGUUGAAGAAGUCGAGGAAGAGGAGCGUCCCUCGCCAAAGAAGCAGAAGAUGGCAAAUGGCACUUCCCCGCCCCCCGCUCCAACAGUCGUUAUCGAGGAAAUGCCUGAUGUGGAGAUGACUUAUACUGCAAAGACAACUAAGCCUUCUCAGGUUGUUGAGCCAGAAGAGACUGACAUGAGGCAACGGAGCACUUCUCCUACCACGACUACUGCUUCCUUCAUGCCCAGUGGCCCUUCUCGACCGCCGUUCGGUUUGAAGACGUCCGCGCCAAAGGCACCUUCAAAGUUGCGAUUCAGUUUCCAGGCUGAUAAAGAGGAAGAAGAGGCAGAGAAGGUUACACAGAAGCCAUUUGCUGCCCCUGCCCAAGCUCCGUCUCGCUUCCCGACUGUACCGUCCUUUGCCCCGCCUCCCGCUCCUCCUCGCUCUGCAUUCACAUUCGCACCUCCAGCGCCAUCGGCUCCCUCCAUCUCAGUUCCGACGCCUUUUCAAGCGGCAGCAUCAGCUGCACCCGCACCACAGAAACCUGCACCAAAGAAGCCAGCACCAAAAACGAAGGAGGAGGUUCGGGCAGCCGUGUUGGCGAUGCCUGUCACGGAGCUACCGACAUUCUAUUUCGAUAUCCCAACUUCGUCCCCUGGAGCAGGCCCGGGUCCCAGUUCGCAGAAAGCGCGCCAAGCUGCUCUUGCAGUGCCCAAAUCAUCCUUGCCUUCCUUUGAUUUCUCGCGACCUGUCAAGGCUCCUGCCCCUCAGGUCAACGGAUUCAACUGGGCCGCUGCUGGUAUGAAGCCAUCGACUUCAGCACCGGGUUCAUGGCAAUGUCCCGACUGCAUGGUGAACAACUCGGCGACUGCAAAUAAAUGCAUCUCUUGUGAGAAAGAGAAACCUGGAAAGUCUGCUGCGCCUCCGCCGACUUCAGGUGGUUUCAAUUGGGCUGCUGCUGGCAUGAAACCUCCUGCCGCUGCUCCGGGUAGCUGGAAAUGUUCAACGUGCAUGUUGGAUAACUCUCCAAGUGCAACCACGAAGUGUUCACACUGUGAGACGGACAAGCCAGCACCAGCUGCCCCAGCUCCCGCGACUACCGGGUUUAAUUGGGCCGCGGCGGGUUUGAAGCCACCUACUGCUGACCCGAACGUCUGGAAAUGUUCUCAAUGUGAUUCCUCCAACUCACAAAGCGUGAAGGACAAGUGCACGGUCUGUGAUUACCCAAGACCUUGAUAGUAUAUCCCGGUUCCUGUCAUGUCGUCAAAAUGUUUUCUUAUUCUUUUCGCUUUGUAUCAUUUGUUGUUUCUUCUUUUACCCUCCAUUCUUAUCCCCUUACAUUUUGCUCUUCGAAUCACUCCAAUGUCUGAUUACAUUAGUAUCUAAUGUACAUACGAAUAAGUGCACAUCGGUUGUCCGUAGCCAGUACAUAGUGUACAAAGAAUCAAUCCCUGAAGGAAAAGCCAAAAAAAACCUUGGCUUUUCUCAUCCUCCUCGUCAUGAUGAUCCCCUCUGCCCGAAGUCCAAUCGUCGUGCGAUAGAGCGUUUCCCUUCGCUUUCAUCGUCUGAGAGUUUACGUUUCAGCUUAUUUGGAGGAUUUGCCUUCACGCCAGGGCCAGGACCGCUGAAGUCUACGUUCCCCUCGACUUCCUCUAUGAUUAUAUGGGACUCUUUCUUCACUGGUUUCGGAAGUUUGGAGGGAUGCGAUGGGUAUGGGAGUGCAAAGAAGUAAGGAUGAUUGAGUGCCUCUUUCGCACUUAUUCGCUUCUUGGGGUCAUAUACUAGGCACUUGUUCAAGAGGUUGAGACAGUCAGCACUAGCGGCAGUGAAAAGGUCCCGUAGUGGUGUUUUGGGAAAUUGGCCUAGUGGAACGUAGUCAGGUAAUUUCGUAUGACCCUGUUGAACAAGUCUUAGUCAUGGGUUCAAAAUGAUCACAGAGAAUCGAGCU